AUGUUACUUUGUUUUGCAUGUCUUGCAAAUGGAGGAUCAGUUAAUGGAGGAAUGAAACCCCCUGGACCUACUCCUUUAGUGCAUAGGUCUGUUUCAUCUCGGCUGUUGAGACUUAGCGUCUUCCUACUGCUUAGCCUCCCUGACUCCAAAGGAAAAGCAAUAUGGACUGCGCAUCUGAAUAUUACAUUCCAGGUAGGAAACCGGAUCAUAUCUGAGCUAGGAGAGAGUGGCGUGUUUGGGAAUCAUUCUCCUCUGGAGCGGGUGUCUGGUGCCGUGGUGCUUCCUGAAGGAUGGAAUCAGAACGCUUGCAGUCCCCUGACCAACUUCAGCAGGCCUGAUCAGGCCGACUCUUGGCUGGCCCUCAUCGAACGGGGAGGCUGUACGUUUACUCAUAAAAUCAAUUUGGCAGCAGAGAAGGGAGCGAAUGGGGUGAUCAUCUAUAACUAUCCUGGUACAGGCAACAAGGUGUUCCCCAUGUCUCACCAGGGAACGGAGAAUAUAGUUGCAGUGAUGAUCGGCAACCUCAAGGGCAUGGAGCUCUUGCACUUGAUCCAGCAAGGUGUCUAUGUGACAAUCAUCAUUGAAGUGGGGAGAAUGCACAUGCCGUGGCUUAGCCACUAUGUCAUGUCUCUGUUUACCUUCCUGGCAGCCACUGUUGCCUACCUUUUCCUGUACUGUGCCUGGAGACCCCGAGCACCCAAUUCUUCUACUAGGAGGCAAAGACAGAUCAAGGCUGACGUGAAGAAAGCUAUUGGCCAGCUGCAGCUUCGAGUGCUCAAGGCAGGGGAUAAGGAGCUAGACCCAAACGAAGACAGCUGUGUUGUUUGUUUUGAUAUAUACAAAGCCCAAGAUGUAAUACGUAUUUUAGCUUGCAAACAUUUUUUCCACAAGACAUGCAUUGAUCCCUGGCUUCUAGCACACAGGACGUGCCCCAUGUGCAAGUGUGACAUCCUGAAACCUUAA